AUGGCCACAGUACACACCGGCUCCUGCGGCUCUCGGGCCGUGGUCCUGGCGGGGAAGUACCUGUCCGGUCCGGGUGUCCCGGUACCGACCCAGAGCACCGGGCUGAGGCAGCGGAGGUUGUUGGGUCCGCACCCCCGCAUGGUGAGCUCCGACGCGGCCGGGAAACGAGGCAAAGCCGCGGCUCUGGCCCAGCAGGAACCUCCGGGGAACUGCUCCGCCGCGGAGCGACACAUGCCGGCGAACCGGAGCCUGAUCUACCGGGACGUGAAGGCUUUCCUCGGCGAAGUCGGCGGGGACCCGCGGGAGGCCCGGUACUGGCUCACCCAGUUCCAGCGGGCCGCGGCCACGCAGUCCCCGGCCUUCGCGGUCCUGGAGGUGGACAGCUCGGUGACGGACAGCAGGGACAUGGUGCAGAGUCUGGCCUUCGGCUUGUCCUUCUUGCAGCGGAUGGACAUGAAGCCCGUGGUGGUGAUGGGCUGGUCGUCCUCUGAGGGGGCGGGGCCUGCUGAGGCCGGGUCCCGGUGCGGCCUGGUGGAGCGGAGCCAGCAGCUGACGGAGGCUCUGCAGCAGCACUCGGCCUCCGUCCUGCCCUUCUUCUCCGCCGAGUCCUUCCUCCUGCAGCACCAAGCCCCACGAGGAAGCAGUGCUCCUCACUACGUCACUGUGGACACCAGCCUCCUCCAGUGGACCCUGGACUGCGGGACAAUCCCCCUGGUUUGUCCCGUGGGCCGGGACGCCCGAGGCUGCUCAGUGAUGCUGGACCCGACAGAAGUGACGGCAGCCAUUUCUCGAGCCCUGCAGCCGCACAAGGUCAUGUUCCUGAACAACUCAGGAGGCCUCCGCAGCCGAGACAGCAAGGUGCUGGGAACUGUGUCCCUGCCCAGCGACCUGCCCAGUCUGUCCCAGGACGCGGGUCUGAGCGCCGCGGAGUGCCACCGGGUGGCGACCAUCGCCCGCCUGCUCAACCAGCUGCCGGCCGAGUCCUCGGCUGUGAUCACCUCCGCCAGCACCAUGCUGACGGAGCUGUUCAGCCACCGAGGGUCGGGGACGCUCUUUAAAAACGGAGACCCCAUCCACCGCUACAGCUCUCUGGAUGGGAUCGAUGUGGAGCGUCUGAUGCUUCUCAUCAACAAGUCUUUUGAUAAAACUCUGAGGCGAGAAUACAUCGAGUCGCUGAAGGGACGACUGCACUCGAUCUACCUUUCUGAAGGCUACAGCGCCGCAGCCAUCAUCACCAUGGAGCCGGUGAACAGCGGCACGCCCUACCUGGACAAGUUCGUGGUGAGCAGCAGCAAACAGGGCCAGGGCACCAGCCACGUGCUGUGGGAGCGCAUCAGGCAGGACCUGGGCAAACUGUUCUGGAGGUCCAGAGCCACCAACAGGAUCAACCCGUGGUACUUCAAACAUUGUGACGGCAGCUUUGUGAACGGGCUGUGGACGGUCUUCUGGUUUGGCCUGAAGGACAUCAGAGACUCCUACGAGCUGGUGGAGUACGUCAAGAAGCUUCCUGACUCGUUCCACGACUCCUCCUCUCUCAGCGCCGCCGAGCAGCUCCCUCCGCCGGCUGCAGGUUCCUGAGCUGCUCCUCCUCUGAGCAGCUUCAGGAUCCUGAGCUGCUCCUCCGAGCGGCUGGGCUCAGCACUGGAGUUGUUUUGUAGUUUUUUUAUUCUUCAAUCUGAGACGCAGUUUUCUCAGGUUUUUGCUCUGACUGCUCUUUUUCCCAGUUCAGUUUUUUUGGGUUGGAUGCAGUGACCGACUGAGGAGCGACCAAUGGGAGCACAGCUGAAUUUGUGUCUGUGACUGUGAAGGUUUAUCCUCAGAGGAGAAGAACAAACAGCUGGUUUGCUUUCCUCCACUCUGCUGCGUUGCUCAGUUCUUUGCUCUGAUUGGUCGUCCGGCUCUUCUGUGAAUCACAAACAAACCAAGAAAUGAAACCACUUUUCAAAACCAUUCUAGAAUGUGAAUUAGUCGGAUAUCCGGCCAGCUAUUUUUAAAUAUAUUUCAAUACAGUUACUGUGUGUGUGUGUGUGUGUGUGUGUGUAUGUGUGUGUGUGUGUGUGUGUGUGUCUGUGUGUCUGUGUCUGUGUAAGAGGUUCAAGAAUCAUGGACCUCAGUCAAAUGACCUUUUUUUUAUUUAAAUAAAAGCAGGUGAACACGCUGCUAGUUUACUUACAGUCUAUUUAUAGAUAUCACUACUUCAUAUUUUUCAUGCAUAACUUUGAUAAGUUAUAAAACUUACAAAUACAAUCAUGGUGUCCAUGGAUCUUAAAUUCAAUCCUAGCCAAUUAAAGUCUUAAAUAUUUGCCCUUGUGCAGUCAACACUUACACAUGUCUGUAGUUUUCAUUUGAAAUAUUAUCUCGAUAAGACGAGGUUAGUGUUGUCUUGGUUCAGGAUCAUGUUAGAGUUUUAUUGGAGCUUCAGUUUGGUUCUGACGUGUUGUUGGAUCAGAUCCCUGCUGAAUGGUGAGAAACAUGCUUUAGUUUUAUUCUUUCUCAGAUGAAACUGUUGAAUUUGAAUUUUGUGGUGAAUCCAUUUGCAAAGAAAGGACACGACUACACACCUGCUGAGCUGAGGUGAAUUAAAGAAAGAUGGUAAAUCUGAUUUGAUUUAUUCUCAGUAUCAGGUUGUUACUGUUUGUAGAAAUCAUCUGAAUAAACCUGGAAUCUUUACUUCAAACAAA